AUGGAUCUAAUACCCACUUUUAAAGAUGUACUAAUGUCCUAUAAUCUGGAAUAUUGGUUUCCUUUAGCUGGUUCAGGUUUAAUUCACUGGUCUCUAGGAUUCACAUACACUUUUGGAAAUCUAGUCCCUUACAUUGCAAGUUACAUGACAAUCAAAGGAAGAUAUGGGAUAACUAUAUGUUAUAUUUGUUGGAUAGAAACUAUAUUUAUGCUUUUCCAAGGUCUUUUUGGGUACAUUAGUGGGAAAUUAGAACAAAAGUUGGGUUUCUUUAUAGUAUUAGUAUUGGGAGUAUUACUAGCCAAUUUAGGAUUGGGUUUUGCAAGUUAUCAUAUUGAAGAUUUCCUCUUUUUCUCAUUCUUCUAUUCAAUAAUUUUAGGAAUUGCUCAUGGUCUGAUUUAUCCAUUAACUAUAUCAUAUGCGAUUAAUAAAUAUCCGGCUAAAAUGAAGGGAAUAAUAUCAGGGAUUCUUUGGGGAUGCAGAGGAUUAUCUAUGGCACUAUUACCCUGCAUUCAAUGUAAAUUUUUAAAUCCCUAUAGUUUCCGACCUGACCUUAAGUAUAAAGGUAAUUGGUUAUAUAGCAACACAGCAAUACUAGACCGUAUUCCAACUAUGUUGUAUUGCAUGACACUUGCAUCAUUUAUAUCUCAAAUACUAGGAGUUUUGACUAUCUUUUAUGGAGAAUCUAAUAUUAAAUUUGAAAAGGCAAGUUCAAAAAAAAGUAGUGAUGCUGAAGAGACAAUAGAAACAAAAUAUCAAUCAAGUAAUAAUAAAACAAAUUUAAACUCCCAACAAAUUAGCUAUUCAACUAGUAAUGUCCAAUAUAAAUACCCAUAUAAAAUUCUGAGUUCUUCUUAUUUUAAACUCCUUUGGUAUAUAACCUUCUGUACGUGGCCAGCCGUAUUAUACACUCAGGUGUACUGGAAAAUCCACGGUAUGCAUAUAACAACCUUGAGAGAUUUCCAACUUGCUAGAAUUGCAUGUUUCAUUGGUAUCCUACACACUAUAAGUCGAUUAAUUUGGGGUCUGAUUUGUGAAGCAUUUGGACCUAUUAACUCUCUUUGUAUUAUGACUUCUUUUUUUAUUUCUGGACUCCUAGUUUUUGCAUUCCCAUUAUGGGAACCAUUUAUUGCAAUUCAAUACACUCUAGGAUAUUCCCUAUUAUCAGUUGCCCAUGCUGGAACAUUUGUAGUACCUCCCUCUACUAUCAUAAAGGUUUUUGGAGCUAAAAACUUUGGUCCAAUCUUCGGUUUACUCUUCUCAGCAAGAAUUCUUUCAUCUACAGUAUUUUGCCUGGUAAUUAGUCUGAUAUUUAAAUACUCUAAGUUGGAAUAUAUCCCAAUUAUUAUUCUAUUCUCCUCCUUUGUUGGUUUUUUUUUGACUAUUUAUAUUAGAGAUAUAGAAUCCCAAGAAUUUCAAUUUGAAGGUUCAACUGUGUAA